AUGGCAGAAGCAUCAACCCCAGCAGGCUCGCCGUUCAGCCCGCUCGACCCGUCUCUCAGGCAGAUCCGCCUCCUCCGCGUCGAGCCGGACCCAGCCAACCUCAGCGCGGUGCUGGAGACGGUCUCACUCGACGAUGACCCGAAAUACACAGCACUCUCGUACACGUGGGGCACAGAGUACCCCAGCGGCGCGGGCAUAACGCUGCGCGGGCCCGAGCAUGCCAAACGGCUGCCCAUAACGAGGAACCUCCAGGCGGUGCUGCAACAGCUGUGCUCCGAUGCUGCUGCUUCUGGUGGCGGUGGAGAUGGUAAUGAUAAGCAGCAGCAGCAGCAGCAGAGGUCCACCUUCACGCUCUGGGUCGACGCGCUGUGUAUCAACCAGACGGACACGGCCGAGAAGUCCACCCAGAUCAUGCUGAUGAAAGACGUGUACAGCAAGGCUGAGGAGACGUGUGUGUGGCUCGGCCCGGAGGAGGGCGAUAGCGACUUGGCCAUGAGAACGAUUGGGGAGCUGUAUGCGGCAGGGACGUAUGUGCUCCCUGAUGAUGAUGCCCUUUCGGAGGCGCAGAUCCAGGCGAUCAAUGCACUGAUGGAAAGGGAGUGGUGGUCUCGGAUCUGGGUCGUUCAGGAGGCGAUGCUGUCAUCCAAACCAGUCAUGAGAUGCGGCAGCGCAGCGCUCCCCAUCGAAGCGUUCGUCCAGCUCGACGACAUCCGGCGGGGCUGGGUCCGCCCCGAGAAGCGUGAGCUCGACAAUGCGGAGGGCAGGACUCGCUUCCUCAUCCAGGCGAAUACCUUCCGGCACAUCCUCACGGACUACCCCGAGUCGAAACUGACGGCCGGGGCGGGCGUCACGCCGCUGGCUGAAUAUGUAAGCUUGUGUGAUGUGUUCCAGGCUACAGAUGCGCGGGACAAGAUCUACGGUCUCCUGGGGCUGGCGACGCCUGCGGACAUGCAGUUCCUUGCACCUGAUUACUCGCAAAGCGUUGCUUCUGUUUACACGCGCGCCACGGCACGCUUCAUCAUCCAGUACCAGGACCUCAUGUGGCUGCAAUUCGACAAUGACAACAAGAACCCCAAGCAUGGCCUGCCGUCGUGGUGCCCGGACUACUCAUCAGAGCCGGACUGGCCACAGCGCGGCUACACGCCCAUCAGAGCGACCCGUAACGACGCUUAUUUCGCGAGCGGCUUGUCGUGCUGGGGGCCGACCAAGCUGCCCAUGAACGGCAUCUUCCCGACCGCGUCAUGGGCGGAGCUCCACCUCCGCGGCCUCGACUUGGACGCCGUCGAGUACGUCGGGCCCAACCCGUUCAUGGGGCAUUACACGGGGCACGUGCUCGCCGAGAGGAUGGAGAACAUCAGGGCGCGCAACUCGCAGACGAGGGACAACGUGCUGGUGUGGGAGCAGGCCGUGCAGGACAAGUGGCGGCGGGACGGGUUCCCAUACGGCGCCACCGCGGACCGGUAUGACGCCUUCUGGAUGGCGCUGAUGUGGGACCGCGACUGGGACGACCGCAAGGUGACCUCGUUGGGACACAGGCGGUAUUUCGAUGCGUGGCUCGGCCGCGCGGAUGUCGAUGCUGCUUAUGCCAUGGGGAACAGCAGCGCGGGGGUGGACGACGAGGUGGAGAUCCGCAGGACCUUUGUCAAGCCCUUCACCGAUUGCUGUAUCUCUCGGUGUCACGGCCGAUCCUUUGUGAUCACCAAGAGAGGAUAUAUUGGGGUUGCGCCCUUCAAGACCCGAGUGGGCGACAAGAUCACGGUGCUGCAGGGAGGGACUGUGCCGUUCGUGCUGAGAGAGCCCCCUGGGGCGCCCGAGGGAGGCAGUGAUGGCGCAGCUGGGAAGGCCGGGUCCGCAAGGAUAAGGUGCGAGUUCGUGGGCGAGGCGUUCGUGCUUGGCAUCAUGGAGGGUCAGGCUGUGGCGGAGGCUCGUCAGGAGGAAGUCAAGACCUUUGUUCUUACCUAG